AUGUUAUUUCUGCUCGAAGGCGUCGUCAAUGCUGGGGUUGUUUCAACUCUGUUUCCCGUGCAGCGUGUCUGGCAAGGCCAUCUUGGUUGCCUGCCUUCGAGUGUUAUGCAAAAAUUAGAAAGGGUAGCUUUUGGCGAGACUCGUCGAACAGCUUCUCCAACUUCUGUUGUCUUGAGUGAGCACACAUUACGACGAGAGUUUGGGUCUGGCAAGAAUAUAAGGCAACCAGCAGCGGCGGCACCACACGACGCAGGCUGUCGCCGGGAUAUAAACCGCAAGAAUGCAGCACAUGAUUUGGACUACAACGACCAGAAACGAACCCUGAGUAUUCCCACCGCAGAUCAGAUCCGUGCAGUUUUCAAGACCCCAGGCUUGCUGAGGGAUGUUUGCAAAGGCACCUGGCGGGUGGGUGACGAGCAGCAGCUGCAAAACACAUUUAACCACGGAUGUAUGCAGAGAGCCGACAGCUCAAAACCCCUCAGGCGCUGCAUGGAAGCUUUCGAGGACAUCAUCGCUCAAUGCAUCGAAGGUGCAGGAUUCUGGGGAGGCUCCUGGGGCCUUGAUGGAGAACUAAACAACAUCAGCAACUCGAACUACCCCCACAAUCCGCUUCUCCCUGGGGACGACGGCGGUCCCAGCAGCUUGGAGCCAAACAUCGACCCUUGCGAAUAUCCCAAGCACCACCCAGCUGCGUUGAUUGAUAGCGGUGCAGCCCAAUAUCUGGAAGACUUUCUAGCUAUCCAAGGUGAUGACAAUUGGUUAUUCGAAAUGGAACAUGAUCCUACCAAUGGCCAAGGCACAGCCCAGCUGCCCAGCUGCGGAGUCAUCGAGGCCGCCAACUGCUCCCCGUCCAAGGGCUGUCGUGAGUACACGUCUACCGAGUUCUUCUACAUCCGGUUUGUCUCGGGCUUGAUCAACCAGCUCUUCACCCGGGCCCAUGAAAAGCUCCAGGACGAGACCAUCCUGAAUAUCCUCGCCAUUGACGAGAUCAUUGCCGACUUCAAGCCAGAUCCCGCUAACGCCGUCGACCCCAAUAUCUUCAACACGAUGGCCGGUGCUCUUACCAUGGCUGGAGCUGUCUCAGGGGCGGCACCGGGUCCUGCUGGGGACAUUCUUAACUUGUUCGGAGGCGUCAUGACAAUUGUCGGAGCCAAUAUCCCCGCUCCCGAGGUGCUUGACAUUGAGGCAGUCCGCAGCCAAGCCUCGGCCCACCUCAGAACCAUAUUUGACGAGACGAGAAAUUCCAUGGCAAAUCUCCUCGCCCGAUUAUUUGGCAAUACCGACGUCGAGUACUCUUUGUUGGAGCUCGUAGACGGCAUGAAGAGCAGAGGGUUCCAGCCGGUGUCUGACGCCUGGGAUCCCACUGCUGUCAUCUUAUCCAUGCCCUGGAUGGGCGAGUCCGAAUCUGUGGACCUUACUGACAGCUUGGCCGAGGGCGUACGUUUCAUGAACCAGGGACUUGUCGGAGUGACUCUCAAAGCCAUGGGUUACCUAGUUAUGAUGAUCAAAAACUACAGCGAGUCUGAAUGCAGUGAGAUAGAAGGAUCCCAGUACAUCGACAAUUACUGCUACGCCAUGUCCACGGGUUCUCGAGGCUUGAGUUACAAGUUCAUGAGCGCGGAGGACAUCAAGCUACUACCCCAGAAGUACGGCAUCGAUAUGGCGGAGUUCUUCAAGAACAUCCGCGAGUGCCGUACGCUUAGCGAUAACCAUGGUGUGAGCAGCCAUACUACAAUGAUACCCCUUUGUCUCUUCAUUGCUUCCUUUCUCCCAAACUGGGACGAGGCGUGUCGUGGUCAUGGUGAGGUCUUUCGGCGACAAGUCCUGAGCUGUAAACUUCAAGAUGGGGAAACGUUGAGAAAGAUCGCGAUAUAUGGGCUGCGGGUGUGGAGUCCAUGUGUACGUGCUGGCCGUGGACGCGCAAAGCAGGUCAACAACGCUGUUCAAUGA